AUGUUCCUUUCAAGCUAUCGCCGUCCUCCUUCAAACUAUACUCGUUCCCAGCCCAAUCGUCAAACCCCUACAACAGUCUCAGGAACUUCCAUUUCAAAGCCUCGUGGUACCAAGCAAUCCACUGACCCAAAACCAUCAAAUCCUGUCCCGCAACGCCAACAUCUUCCCACAUUUAACCCUCUUCCUCCUACAAGUGUCCCUGAUGCCUCUCGAUCUCCCGCAAUAAAGCCUCCUUCUCAGCCUUUUGAAGAAGAAAUCACAAUCCAUGUUCGUGACGAAGCAAAGCGAAUAGACCGAGAUUUCAAAUGAUUAUUAUAAACCCUCAAAGGGAAAAUUACAGUAAAUUGACUAUAAUUUUUAUUUUUAAAAACAUAUUAAAGAAACCCAUUGUAAAAAGUUAUCGUUAUUUUAAAGAGAAAAUUUAACAGCUAGGUGCAUUUAAGAAGACCCAAUUUCAAAUGCCCCAAAUCAAUCCUUAUCUCAAAGAUGAAAUACUUUGAAUCCCACCUCUUAAGUUGCCAAUCAGUCGAAGACUUAGAAAUAAGCGUCCACUGCGAUGUAGAUAUUUUUGAAUGGCUUAUGCAAUAUAUGAUCCAGCGAGAAAAGCCGAAUCUGGAAAUCAGCAAAGUGAUUUCCAUUUUGAUUUCUUCAGAAUUCUUACAGAUGCAGUCAUUGGUUAAUGAAUGCUUGGAAUUCAUCACAAGGAACCUUGAAGAAGUAGUCAAGCUGCCCAUCGACAUGAGCUGUCUAAACCCAAGCAUAAUAAAAUAUGGCGUCUUCGUCUGGGCAUGGCCUCCGGCCAUGCAGCCUCGACUCAUAUUUUAAUUAUAUCCGGCAAGGUUUUGCCAUUUCAGAGAUGGACGGCAAUGCUAGGUAAGCAAUUCUGGUGGAGUACAGAACCUAGCCCUAGUCUAUUCUCAGAGAUGGUUUUUUCCUCGUGGGGAAGGAAAAGCACGGCAGUUGGAAAGGGGAAGCCUAGCAGAGUCCACACGACCAUCGGGCAACUCCCUAGCGUGAAACUGGGCGUUACGUCCCAGGCUACGUGUUUUUCCUUUUUGCCGAAAGCCUACCAGAAAAUCCAUUUUUUGGGUUUUCGGAAUGGCAGCCCAUGUCACAAGCAAGUAGCUCAUCCAUGAGCCGUCGAAGCCGGCAACACUUGCCCCUAGGCGCACCUUGGUGAACGAAGCGGACCGGCCCAGAGGUCUGUGGGCCCGAUGCGACGAAAGGCGAGCGGAGGUCUGGGCUUUGCCAACCCAGUAGUGGACGUUAAGCGUUAUAAUUAGUAAGUUAAGUUAAGUCUAAACCCAAGCUUACUGAAACAGUUGGCAAAAAUGGUAACUCCUGAACUGCUCGAUGACGUAAAGGACAGAAAAGAUAAACUCACCAGCAAGCUUUUUAUGAAGAAAUUAGAAGAGCUGCUAGAGGACGACAAUAAUAUUUUGAAUAGGUGCGUCUAUUGCAAUAAAUUAUACACAAAUGAGCAACACGAAUGAAUGAUAUGUGAAAAAGCCAGAAUUUUCAUUGAUUUUCAUGGAAAUGUCAUUGCAGAGCACGUCGCUGACAGAAAUUGGGAAAUUAAUAAAUUUUUUUUAUUUUUAAAAGACCAAGGACUUACAUGGAGAGAAAUUUAUUGGAAAAUCUGGGCACGGCUUCAAGCUUUUUACUGUAAUGUGUGUGGGCUUAAAUUUGUAGCAGCUGAGCUAGGACAUUGCAGCUACCACCCAGAGGAGCCAAAAUUCAGCCAUGGCAGCAAUAUUGGUUUCUACCAGUGCUGCCAACAAAAAGCUAUCAGAUUUGAUACUUCAAUUAAAAAGAAAGGCUGCUGUGGAAGAAAUCAUGUCCCGCGCGAUAAAAUUCACUCAAAAGAAUAUGAAUUUCUAAUGAAAAACUUUACAAUUAUUGAAGAACCUUUUGAAAUGAAAAAUGACAGAACUGUUUCUAUUACAAAAAUGGUGCAAAUGUUUGCGACAAAAGCAGAUGCUGUAGAAUCAGAAGAUGAAGACGAAUUAGAUGAGGACGAAAGAACUGACGAAAACUCAGUGUCUUUAAAAGAGGAAGAAGAGAAAAAAAUGAAGAAAAAAAUAAAAGGGAAAAAUGGAGACUUGAACCCGAGAAAACAAAGGGUUUGAAAGCUUGAUAAUUUAAGACUUGGAGACUUUACAAAUAUGAAAGAAAUGUGUGACAAUUUAAGCAAGAUGAGAAAGAAAAGAGAUGUAAAACCUAAUCCUAAAAAAAAAUAA